AGAGUGAUAGGGUUUUGUAGAGAGAGCGCUAGGCGGAGAAGCACCGCCGACUAUGUCGACGCGUUCCGGGCACAUCGCGGACUCAUCGCCGACGCACACUCGCCACUCCGACAGGAUUCUGGUGGGUUCAACCUCCGGCGUGGUCUGCCGGGAUUUCCAGCGCGGGAGCUGCCGCUUUGGUUCGCACUGCAAAUUUGUCCACCGGCAGGUCGCGGAUCCAGUCUCAUCGAAUCGCAAUGUGCGCACUGUGACCUCGGGUCCUCGGAUUCUGGACACUAUGGCGAACGCCGAGAGGCCAUCACCAACUACGCCACGGGUCCGUGCUAUGCCAUCCAGCUCCAGCCCGGAGCAGCAGGGAAAUGAAGAUAAAGGCGUUCCACAAGGCUUUCGUUUGAAGAGAGGCAUGGCGCCUGGAGUGGAAUCAGUGGCACCUGUUGUGCCCGACCCGGCUGAAGAGACUCAGGAAGAAUUUCGGAAGGCGAUUUUGCAGUAUGCCACGCAGAUGGAAAAAAAGAUGCACAGGGGCGUUUCUUUGCAGGCUUGCUCUCUCGGGCUGCUGGUGAGGCAUAUCAAGCGCUGCCCCGACAUUAGUCCUGCGUUAAAGAGCUUGCUGCAUUCCCGGAUUGACAACAUUUCGCUGGAGCCGUGCUCAGUUACGUAUCAACAUAAAUGCCAUCUCGAUGAAGAGGCGGCGCUACAGCACUAUUCCAAAUUCAUUGACGAGGCACUCUCCAUGCUGGAAGAAGAAGAGGCUUUGGAAGACCUCCGUGCAAGUAUCAAGAAAGUGAAAGACAAGUCAGCUGUGGCCCCUUCUGUCGCCCCUUCCACCCGCUGUUUUGAGGCCAGCGUGAACAGCGUUGCUUCUACCCUCCAACCACGCCGUCGUCGUGCUUCGAAGAUCAAAGCUGCUGAAGAAGAGAACUUGUCUGCCGAAGAGGAAGAAUACUUCUCGGCCGAUGAAAUUUUUGAAGACGAAUCCAUGAUUCUUCGCCUCAAGCUAUUACACUUGCAGCAACUUGCCAAAUAUGUGGUGUCCAUGGCGGCUUUGAUGUACGAAUAUGUGAGCCUCAAUUUGGCACAUGUCAACCCUCUCCUCAAGCAGCUAGAAAAAAUAAAAAACGAGCUUAAGGAAGCUCUAAACAAUCUGUGAGCAAGGAGAUUGUAGAAUGCAAGGUAAGAACCAGUCUUGUCCUGAGAAGCACGAGGAAAAAAAUUUGAGAAA